AUUUCAAUCGUUGGAAAUAUUGUCUGCAGUUUAUACAAUGGACGUUCAAGAAAAAGCAAAAUUUAAAACUGACCAUGCAGAACAAAGCAGGAAGUCAUCCAGAAUAACUUGGAACAACAAAUUUGAAUUUUUAUUCAACGUCGUAGGCUUUAAUGUUGGAUUAGGAAAUAUUUGGAGAUUUACAUAUUUGUGUUUCAAGAAUGGCGGGGGUGCAUUUCUUAUUCCCUAUUUAAUUGUUGCUGUAUUUUGCGGAGUACCGUUGAUGUUUAUGGAAGUUGCAAUUGGACAAAUGACAAAACGAGGCUGCGUUGCCGGAAUGGACAAUUUGGUACCAUUGAUGAGGGGCGUCGGAUAUUCAUCGAUACUAUUGACAAGCUAUUAUCUUGUUUAUAUUGCAUUGGUUAUUGCCUGGUGUUUUAUAUAUUUGUUCGGAUCAUUUACUUUGGGAAUAUUACCGUGGGCAACAUGUGAUAACCAAUGGAACACAGAAGCAUGCAUUCCCGUUAUUGAUGAAUACGGCAAUAAAAGCCAUUUUUUAUUUUCAAACCUUUCCCACGACAUCGUCAAUACUACUAAUACAGCAGAACCCAUAUUAUCUACAGUUGAAUUUUUCAAUAAUUACGUCUUACAACGAAGCAGUGGAAUAACGGACAUGGGAAGUUUUUCAAACUGGAAAAUAUUUGGAUGCUUUGUUGCUGGUUGGAUAUUAAUAUUCAUUUGUAUUGUCAAAGGGAUAAGAACUACAGGAAAGGUCGCAUAUGUAACUGUUUGUUUACCAUAUAUUGGAAUGUUUGCGCUUCUGAUCAGAGGAAUAACAUUAGAGGGUGCCAGCAAUGGAAUUUUAUAUUACGUCACACCAAAUAUUACAAAGCUAGCUGAUCCGCAGGUCUGGUUAGAUGCAGGGGGUCAAGUGAUAUUUUCUCUUGGACUUGGUUAUGGAGCUGUCAUUGGAUUAGGAAGCUACAACAAAUCCAACUUUGAUUGCUACAAAAGUUCUUUCUUUUUCGUUCUCACCUGUUGCGGAAGUUCUUUGUUGUUUGGAUUUGUCGUUUUCAGCUUUCUUGGUCAUAUGGCGUUAGAACAAGGAUUACAUGUACAGGACGUGGUAGAAGGGGGGCCAGGGCUCGUCUUUCAGGUUUUACCAGCAGAAUUCGCACUGUUAUCAGGAUCGCAAAUCUGGUCUGCAAUAUUCUUCACAGCAUUACUCGGACUAGCUAUUGAUGGCUCGUAUGAACCUUUGGAAGGAAUAAUCACCGCAUUAGCAGAUUAUUAUCCUUCGUAUUUUGGGCAUCGAGGAUCUCAUUAUUGGAGCCUCGGAUUGUGUUUGUUACUCUUGAUUCUUGGAUUACCUCAAUUAUUCGAUGGAGGAAUUUACGUAUUUGAGGUAAUUAAAAUAUAUGGUGGAAGUGGCAUCUGCAUUUUAUGGGUAGCAUGUGCCGAAACGAUUACAAUAAGCUGGAUUUAUGGAAUUGAUAGAUUUUUCGAUGACGUCACAAUUAUGAUUGGAUAUCGACCAUCAAUUUUAAUUAGACAUUGCUUGAAAUACGUGACCCCGACGAUAUGUAUGAUCAUAUUUAUUGCAAUCUGUUCAAUGUAUAAACCGCUCGAGAUGGGAAGUUACACCUACCCAUGGUGGGCUGAUAUGAUCGGAUGGGUGAUAUCAAUAUCGGUCGUUGCAAGCAUACCCAUCAUUGCUAUAAAGACAUUUUUAGAAGCUAAAGGCACAUGGGAACAGAAAUGGGAUAUUUGCAUCACUCCUAGACAUGAAACAAUCUCGAGGAUCAACAACGAAUUCGAAAUGGACAAGUUUAUCAACGCAGUUUAAAUCAGCUCUGACAACUGAACAACUCACAUAUGAUAUCGAUAGCAUUCUCCCCACGCCCCGGAGAAAAGCAAAUUUUUAUCUUGAUUUUCUUCAAACUAGAUCAGGGUUCUCAACCUUUUUGGUGGAGCACCACCCCAAUAAAAGAGUCUUGAGGAAACCCUGCGCGAUCGUUUAAUUGUUUUUGAUCAAAUACGCAUAUAUGUAAGCAAACCUAAUAAGGGCAAAACAAAAUAAUCUUUAAAGUAACCCAGUUGAAGCUGUGCGGGAAGGACGUGCCGACGGCUCUGAGAUAGCGCCAACUGUAACAACUCGGGUAGUGGAAUUGAAACAAAUGGAACAUAAAAGUUAGGAAUAGUUUACACCUGAAAUGAUGGACAACAAAAGAAUAGGAUUCGGACAAUGUGGACCACGUUGGCAUUGGCGUAGGCUACCAGUCACUCCAAUUUUACAUACCCGCAUCUCAAGAAACUACAUCACUCACAUCGGAUUUUAUUCAUAAUGAAGAAUUCCAUGAAAAGACAUUUAGAUUUUAUUAUUAUUGUUGCUGACACUGUUGUCACAUAACACACUACUUCGCAGUUAUUUACCUCAAUCAAAUUAUUGGUUUGCUUUAAACGCGACUAGUAUAAACAAGCCUAACCAUGUUCGCUUUGACGUAAACAGUUUUAUAUUGGAACACACCUUUUUGCAGUGUGUUUAUAUUAUACGAGUUGGAUGCCCUAACAAUACACUUUUUUUUGUUUGUUUGUGUAAACUGACACGUAUAUUCCACGUGUUUUAAACGGUUUUAGGGAUUUUGCCAGUUUUCCCAAUCAAUCAAUGAAUGAUUGAUUGAUUCUGUGUGAUCAUUGUUUAGUGUAUUUUUUAUGUAUACUGUGUAUCGGGGA